CUUCUAAGCCGUGACUGAUGGAAGAAAUGAACCCUACAAAGAGAAAUCCUCAUUUAUGCAUGUAUUCAAAAAGUCUGAUCAAACUUAUAGACUUUCUGGCCUAUUCUUGAAAGGAAACAUAGUCUUUAUUAGUUCACGGGUCCUUCAUCUUUUGUCACUCUCAACUUCAACUACCAUUCAAUUCCCACCCAAAUCAACUCCCAAGUCCUUAAAAUUUGGCUAACUCCAACAUCUUUAAAACUCUCCAUCUUCAACAAUCAAAAUACAUAUACUGAGACACCAUGGACUGGUUUUCAUGGCUCUCCAAAACUAGCCUUGACCCUUCUCUUCUUUAUGACUAUGCUAUUAUUUUUGCUCAUAAUCAACUUGAUCAAGAUGAUAUAGAAUAUUUCAACCAUGAAUUUCUCCAAAGUAUAGGAAUUUCAAUAGCCAAACAUAGGCUAGAAAUCCUCAAGCUUGCUACUAAGGAAAAGGGAAGAAGAAGCUCAAGAAAACAUAUCUUUUGGUUAGUUGUAGCUAUCAGGCAAGCAAAACAACAUUUUACCAAAAGCUUUAGCACGUGGACUCGUCGGUCAGAUUCAAGUGCCUUGCUGCCUCUGAGAAAUUGCAGUUCAAGAUGGAAAGCAUCUAUGUUGAAGAGGAAAAAGAAGCUAACUGCAGCUAAACAAGAAAGGCCAGUAAUGCAGAGUAUUAAUGCUACUACUAAUCAAGGAAGGUUGAUGAUGCUCACAAAUGGGAGUCCCAAUCUCAUGAUAGAUUCUUCUGAUGCCUGGAUUAGCAGCCCUUCAAGCUCCACUGCUGAGGAUUUUCGCGAUGAUGAAGACAUGGACGGCGUUGAUGGUGGAAACUGGCCAACUGUUGCUAUUGAAGAGAUUAAGUGGGAUGCAAUGUUUCAAGACUUGAAACCUACCUGAGUUGAUUGAACUCUCUCUAAUAUACCUUAGUUAAUUUAUCCUCAUGCUUUUUCUUCCUCUAGAUACCUUGAACUUUCAAGUGUUUUUGGGAAUUAUUGCAUUAUAAUUUUCUGAAUUCUUUGUCUAUAAGCAACAGAAUGCAGAGUUUUAACUUUAUCAUACUGAACUUCAUAUCCAAGUUGACUAUUAUGGUUUCUCAAAAAGAAUCAUGGUGAUUAAACCUUAGCACAUU